AUGCUGCUAUCCAUAUUGCUCUUUAUUUCUGCUUUGCUAUAUUCAGUAUCUGGGAAACCUUACGAAUCCUACUCUGUCAACAAACAAUUUCCACCUGUUGCACGCCUGGGUCAAUACUUCAGCUUUCAGCUCUCGAAUGACACUUACAAAUCAGAAAGUAGUUCAUCAGAGAUUGCCUAUGAGGUAUUUGGAUUGCCGGAUUGGCUGUCGUGGGAUCGUUCAAAUAGAGUUUUGAGUGGCACCUUUCCUAGCGAGUUUUUAGAUUCAGGGGACACGAAAUAUUUCGGCGUGACUUUACAAGGAACAGAUCUUUCAGAUGGUCAGUCUCUGAAUGCCACUUAUCAACUGGUUGCUACCAGCCAACCGGCUGUUAAUAUAAGCUCUGAUUUUAAUUUGUUAAGUUUACUAAAGAACUAUGGCCAAACCGAUGGCCGGAAGGCUUUAAAGUUGUCUCCAGGUGCCGAUGUUAAUCUUACGUUCGAGAGGGACAUGUUUGCUGUUGGUUCCAGUUCUCGCCCUAUAGUUGCUUAUUACGGUCGUUCGAAACAGUACCAUGCUCCGUUACCUCCUUGGCUGAGUUUCGAUAGUGCCAUGCUCAAGUUUAGUGGUUCAGCCCCUGUUGUGAAUUCAGAUAUAGCUCCAGAGGUGGACUACUCGUUUUCAUUAAUUGCCACGGACAUUGAAGGGUUUGCAGGCGCAGAGAUGUCGUUCGAUUUAAUCGUUGGUGCUCAUCAGUUAACCACCACGCUUUCUAACUCGCUAGUGGUAAACGUUACAGAUAGCGGGUCAUUUGAUUACGAAAUCCCCUUUAAAUAUGUAUUUUUGGACAAUUAUCCAAUUUCAGAAGCUAAUAUCAGCACCAUGACAUUACAAAAUGCUCCAGACUGGGCCACUUUAAAAGACAAUCAUUUGGUAGGCACUCUUCCAAGUCUUGCUGGCGAGGCAAACUUUACAGUUGCAAUUUCGGAUGUGUACCGUAACAAUGUUUUUUUGGAUGUUUCUGUCAAAUACACUCAACAAUUAUUUGCCGUGAAUUCAUUUGCCAAUGUGAAUGCUACCAAAGGAUCAUGGUUUGAACAUAGCUUGUCACCUUCGCAAUUUACAAAAUCCAGUGGUUUAAACAUAUCCGUGGAAAUUUCUGACGCCGACUGGCUCUCGUUCAUUGAGAAUAAUCUAACAUUAAGCGGUGAAGUUCCUGAUUCUUUCUCCUCAACAACAGUUAAUGUCACGGUUGCUGAAAAUGGACAUACUGAGUCUUUACCUAUGAAGAUUAUUGGUGUAGAUUUCGCCACAAAGGCCAUUGAUUCAUCUGCUACCGCUGCAACCGGAACAGCCUCAGCAACUUCGGGAUCUAGUACGUCUUCUAUAGUAUCAGCGUCCGGAUCAUCAACUUCUGAGGCGGGGGAAUCAUCAUCAAAAAAGAAGAAUUCAUCUUUGAACAAAACGAUAAUAGCCUGCAGUAUUGCUAUUCCGUUAUUUUUCCUGUUGAUUAUAAUACCUAUCAUACUUGUGUUAAGAAAACGGCGGCGCCCCACCGAAGAAGAAUCUGACCUAGAUUCUGAACAAUAUGCCGAUAGGAAGAUUAGUGGGCCCCAAUUGGGAAACCCUGCAAAUAAUCCAAAUCCUUUCGUUUUAUAUCAAGAGAAAAACCCGAGUAACCCAUUUGACGACGAUGCAUCUUCAUUAUCGAGCGCCAAAAAACUAGGCGUUUUAAACGCUAUUCAGUUAGAAGAUUCCUCCGAAAACUCACUGGAGAAUGAGAAAAUGGGCUCCGACGAUGAUUCUCAGGAUGGCUGUGAGCACUACGGAGCCGGCUUCUAUCGAAAAGAGGGUCAACCCGUUAAUUCGGAAAAUUGGUUGUCUGCAGGAGACCAUGAAGGUGACUCCCGCAGAUCAUCUGUAUUCUAUAACAGCCAGCCAUCAAAACGCAAAUCAUGGCGGUAUUCUUCUCACAUGGCAAAUAGCACUAAUAACAACAGGAGAGUAUCUAAUAGAUCUAGAAGAGAGAGCUAUGCGUCUGUGAAAACCGUGAGUACUGCUGACCUGUUAACGACAGAGGUUUCUGUUAGUACUAAUAUACUGCAUGAUCCCCGCAAAUCCACUUUAGGUGCCCGAGAUUCGGUGUUCAUGGAACUAGGCGGCAGCAAACAUUCCUCUGAUAGCAGGACAUCAUCGUCGGGCACGCAGUCGGCAUUAGCGCCUUUGAAUGAAACAUACGCUGGCUCCCAGACUACCCUAGAUCCUUUCAGCGCCGGUUCCCUUAGUGGGACGGCAGAUGGUUCCAUAAAACAGGAAAACAUGUACCACCAUCGUUACCAAUACAAGGGCUGGAAACAACAAGACUCCAGGCCCAAUCCCGGCAAAACCAAAGGACCGGCGGUCCCGGCUCGGCGCAAACGUAGUACUAAAAGAUUAGUGAAACUAGAAAAUAAAGGCGGUGUAAACGUUAGCGACGUUAACCUAAUAGGACAAGAGCCAGAGAGAGAUUAG